AUGGCCCUCAAACACCUGCUUGCUCGUAUCUUCAAACGAUUCCAGAAGUCUGAACCUGUCUCUGCAUUGGACGUCGCUACUGCUUCAACGCCUGCUCCUGCAUCAAAUGUCUCAUCUCUACUUGAGAGGUCUCCGGCUACCCAAGCAAUCUUUCCUGUCAAUAUAAACCUCCGAUUUCACGUUUCCUUGUCCCCCACUACCGAUGACGCCCUUAUAUCAAUCCAACAAAGUCAAGUACUACCUAAUCUUGGCACAAGUUAUGAAGGACAUGCGCACACUGCCCAGGAAUCUGCGCCGCUUCUCGAGACUUCUCCAUCAAACCCUCCGGUUGGAUUUAACAUCGAAACAAUUGCCACGCAGUCGACAGAGAUGGACGAUAUGAUUUCUGAUUCCCUUCUCUUUCCCACCCAAGGACAAGGUCUCUUCGGACUCGGUACGACGUGCCCUCAAGAUGAACAACAACCCUCGAACAUGGCCGCCUUAACUCGACCUGCCUCUCUGACGAACGCCGCUCGAGACAGCGAUAUUCAAUCAAUCGCACCAGUUGAGGUCAUAACGCUUGCGUCACCCACUUGUUCUCCACUUUCCGGAUUUGCCGUCGCUACACCAGUUCUGGCUCGGACCAUACGGACUAUCGAAAGCAAGGACAUUGAGACGCCCCCAAAAUAUGCUGGCGCAAGAUCACUCAUUCACAUAGCGGGACCUUCCAUCGGACCUACCGAUGAAGUUAUCGCACCAUCGAUGGUCCCUACUAUCCCUGACGAAAUUUCCUCUCAGGAAGCACGCCUGGGCCUACAACAAUACGAUUUCGUGUUUCCACACUUUCCCCUUGGCCAGUCACUAUCGCCUGCCGCUCACGCUUCCUCCCACAAAUCAUGCUUGGACCAACAGCGAUACGAUUCUAUAGUUCCACGAAUUCAGUGUGACCAGCCACCAUCAUCUGCCCCCCAUGAGCCACCUCGAUGCCCACCUGGUCUAAAGCCCCCCACAGAUAGGAAGCCAGGAGUCCAAGCUGGGCACUUAUGUCCUGCACUUCCUAUACACCCUACACAGAAGGAGUCCCGCUUCGAAUUAACCCAGGAUGUUCCCAAACACAACCUCUACAACGACGCAUCGCGGGGCAAUACCGAGCUAAAACUUGCCGAUAUGUUCCCGACUCUUGAAUACAGUAACUCGAAUUGUCAACCGUAUAAUUUCCCACAGACACCUGAGGUAAUACAGGCCAGUACUGUGGUUGAAAAAAUUUCGAACAAUGGGAAUCUUUCCUAUUCCAUUCAAGCAGGUGGUCAUGUGUACGUCGCCACGGCACAGGUCGGCAGUGGUGGAUUCGGUUAUGUCUGGUACGCUAUCAAGGACCAAGCAGAGGAGGUGGCUAUCAAGGUCAUCGACAAGGCUGGGUUACUUGCGCAAUUUGUUUCUUGCACCAAUGAUAAACGGCCGACUGAGCAACAACUGCUCGAAGGCUCUCAAGCAGCAGCAGCAGCUAUCAGUGCUGAAUAUGAGGCGUUCAAGCGCGUCACCGAAGAGCAAUCCCCAUUUUUGACUCCUUUGUUGCAUGCCUUCGAGGACGAGGAUAACUUUUACUUCGUAAUGAGGUUUUAUCCUCAGACUCUUCGCGCUAGGGCAAAAUUUGGAUUCAUGCAUUGGCAGUUACGCCUUGUUGCUGCUGAGCUUCUUCUUGCCAUCCAGCAUCUUCACAAGCUGCGCGUCAUACAUUUGGACUUGAAGAUGGAAAACGUGCUCAUAACUCCGUCCGGUCAUGUAUCCCUUGCCGACUUUGGCAAUGCUGAAGUCCUGGACCGCAAAUUGACCUAUCAGCAAUUUCACAACAAGCGCAUAUACGGUACAUCGGGUACCGAUGGUUACCUUCCUCCAGAGCGAGUCGAGGAAAACCAAGGAUAUAACUUCAAAACGGACAUGUGGACCUAUGGCUAUCCUGGCAUUAAAGCUUACUCGACUCCUAAGCACUGGUACUCUAUAUAUCAUUUCAAUGAUGGAACACAUAAAUUUUGCAACGACCGCAAAUUGCCCGUGGGUUACAAUAGGGAACGGCGACUUGCCUUCAUAAGACCGAACGAUGAAUUAGAUCUCAUCCAAGAUAAGGACGCCAAGGAUCUUCUUUAUUCUAUUUUCUUUCCCAAACACCAUGCCAUGAGACCUGAGUCGGAGUCAAUUCGCAGUCACCCGUUUUUCUCAUGCGUUGACUGGGUGAAGCUAGAGAAUCGGGAAUACGAUCCCAUGUUCAAAGCUUGCUUAGGCAACAGACCACUCCAAUCUGUAGACUCCGGAAAGCUUGCUAUUGAAUGCUCUCAUCCUCGACUACCAGAAUUCAAGAAAGUUGUGCACGAGCAAGCAAACAAUAAUUUCGCUCUCGGGCGAGUGCACGUGGACUAUUUGUGCCCGCCUGAAUUAGCACAUGAUGCUAUGCAUGGGGCAACUUGCAGGGCUCCAGGGACUAAGAUGUCUCGAAGGCAUGUUUGUAGAUGUGACUUGCCUGCCGACUGGAACAAGGGUUGA